AUGGCGUUCAUAAAAAGCAUAGGGCUCCCCCGUCAAAAACCGGGUGGUCCAACAUGCCGUCGUCGCCCACGCGUGCCAAGCAUGCAGCUCCCCGGUCCUCGUUUAGAGAAUCGCAAGUCUCCAUUAGCAAUUGAGUCUGAAACUCUGGUAUCAUGGCUCGAAGAAAAUGGUAUGUAUCUAUCGAAGGAAGCAACGUGGGGUCGCCCUCGUCACCCCAUGGGCGUUGCAAACGAAACGACCGAUGAGGGAGAAAGCUCUGGCCGCGGUCUUGUGGCGGUGAAGGGAAUAGUGCAGGGUGAACCAUUAUUUGAGGUACCAUUUGAGGUUGUCCUUACGAAGCAGCGAGCGCUCGAAGAAAUUCCAGAACUUCCAGAAGAUGUUAAUGAGUAUAUUGCAAUCGCGACGCUUCUCAUACAAGAACGGUCACGAGGCGACGCAAGCUUUUGGAAGCCAUAUUUGGACGUGCUUCCGAAGGAUGAAGACAUCAUUCCCUUGUUUCGCUGGAGUGAAGAUGACAUGUUAUUAUUACAAGGAAGCCCAUGCCAAGCAGCUGCAAGAAGUUUGCGAGGGAAGCUAGUUUCUGAAUUUGCGACGGCCGAAGAAACCAUCUAUGCACCAAAUCGAAGAAAGUUCCCAGAUGAUGUUUUUACGUGGGAUCAGUGGGAGUGGGCAUUUGCAAUCCUCUUUUCCCGUGCGAUUAUGUUGACGGCCGAGCAGCGAAUCGCUCUUGUCCCAUACGCAGACCUGCUCAAUCACAAUCCAUUCUGUUCAACGUACAUCGAUGUACAGGAGAAGCAACUCACCGGCAAGAGAUUUGUGACGCUGUACACAGACCGGCCUUAUGCUCAGAUGGAUCAAGUAUUUGUCACAUAUGGACCCAAAUCAAAUGGCGAUCUUCUGCUCCUCUAUGGUUUCAUUACGGAUCGCAAUCCCUACGAUUCCGUUGAGCUUGUGGUCGCGCUUAGUGAUGAAGACGAACUGUUUGAAAGAAAGAAGAAAUACCUUGAUGAAUCCGGAGUCGGGACAACAGCUACGUUUCCACUGUACAGUGAUAGAUAUCCAAUGGAACUCAUUGAAUUCCUGAGAUUCUGCGUCGCCGGAGAAGAUGAGUUGGACAACGGAGAUUUCGGAGAUUUCAUGAACGAGGACAACGAGACACUGGUAGCAAAGACGCUGAUCAGUGCAUGUCAAGAUGCACUUGCAGCAUAUCCGCAAUCCCGUGAGGAAGACGAUAAACUCAUAGCAGACCGCAGCAUGUACAAGAUGUUUGCUCAGAAGCAAAGGUGGGCUAUUAGACAACGGCGGGCAGAGAAAAGAAUUUUGGAACGGACCAUAGCGAACAUCGAACGGGAAAUCACAGACCCUACAUUUAUGUUUACGGAGAGCAAAGAAUAAUGAUGAUGAAGCGCAUAAACUCCAGAAAAUCU